AAUUAAAUAUCAUCUCUUCAAUCUCUCAACGGAUCUAUCUACGGUACAAUGAGCAAGGACGAACUCAGCAAGGCUGACCCGCUUGAAGUCGAAGCCACUCGGGAAAAUGAAGUAGAAGAUGUUUCCGACUCUGUUCUGACUACUGAACCAAAGGAGUCUGCAAUUAAAUCUUCUCCUUCAUUUUGGAGUAAAGCCAUGUCAUUUCUUGAGGUCCAAGAAAAGGGAGACUUGUCUACCGUGCAGUUGUUCUUAUACAACUUCGAUCUCAGACCCGUUGAAGAAGAAAGAAGAAGAUGGUCGUGGUAUAACUAUGUCUUUUAUUGGAUCUCGGACUCCUUUAAUGUCAAUACUUGGCAAAUUGCCGCCACUGGGGUCACUGCUGGUUUGACUUGGUGGCAAACUUGGAUCGCAGUUUGGAUCGGGUAUGCUCUCUGUGGGAUGUUUGUUUCCAUUGGUUCUAGAGUUGGGAUUAUGUACCAUGUUUCCUUCCCUGUGGCCGCAAGACCAGCAUUUGGUAUCUUUGGUUCCUUGUGGCCAAUCAUCAAUCGAGUGGUCAUGGCAUGUGUAUGGUAUUCCGUACAGGGAUGGAUUGGUGGACAAUGUGUCCAGUUGAUGUUACAAGCCAUUUUCCCUCAUAUUAGAACUACUUUGGGCACUCAACUUAAAGGUACCACAUCGUUUGAAUUUUUAAGUUUCUUCCUCUUUUGGCUCUUUUCCCUCCCAGCCAUUUGGUUCCCUCCUCAUCAAAUCCGUCAUUUGUUCACCGUCAAGGCGUAUGUUUCCCCCGUCGCUGGUGUAGGUUUGCUUGUAUGGACCAUCGUCAAGGCUAAUGGUAUUGGUCCAGUGGUACAUCAAUCCUCUUCACUCCAUGGUUCUGAAUGGGGUUGGGCUUUUGUUACAGCAAUCAUGACUUCUCUUGCCAAUUUUGCAACUUUAAUUGUCAAUGCUCCUGAUUUCUCUCGUUUUGCUGAUAAACCUUCAUUUGCCAUGAAGUACAUUGUGUACACGCUCUCUGUGCCUAUUUGUUUCAGUCUUACGUCUUUGAUUGGUAUUUUGGUCAGUUCUGCCUCAACCAGCAUGUACGGUGAAACUUAUUGGUCUCCAUUGGAUGUCUUGGAAAGAUUCUUAGAUCAUAACUCUUCUGGAAGUAGAGCUGGGGUGUUCUUCCUCGGUUUAUCCUUUGCCUUGGCCCAAAUGGGUACAAAUAUCUCGGCUAACUCCUUAUCCUUUGGUACCGAUGUCACUGCCAUCUUACCAAGAUUCAUCAACAUCAGAAGAGGUGGCUUCCUCUGUGCCAUGUUGGCCUUGUGUAUUUGUCCUUGGAAUUUAUUAACUUCCUCCAAUAUGUUUACCACCUACUUGUCUGCAUAUGCCGUUUUCCUUUCUGCCAUUGCCGGUGUUGUGGCUUGUGAUUACUACUACGUGAGAAGAGGUUAUCUUAAGCUCACCCAUUUGUAUUCCUUACAAGCACCAGAAGACCCUAACACUCCUUCUUACUACAGAUAUGGUAGAUUUGGUAUCAAUUGGAGAGCUUAUGCGGCCUACAUUUGUGGAAUCUUACCCAACAUUGUUGGGUUUGUUGGUGCCACUGAAACCCACAAGGUUCCUAUUGGCGCCACUCGUGUAUACGAUUUGAAUUUUCCCUUGGGAUUCAUUGCUUCAUUCUUGACAUACGCCUUUUUCUGUUAUAUUUCGCCUAUUGAUGGAUGUCCAACCACUCUUUUCGAAAAGGGAUGGCAUGAAGAAUGGGCCGAAGUGGAAAACUUUGCCGCUGAAUUAAGAGGUGAAAAAAUCGUUGAUGUUAAAGUUGAAAAGGAUAUCAUUUCUGACUCUGAGUAAAUAAUAUAAUAAUAAUGAUAGUAAUAGUAAUGACAAUAUCAAGAUAAUUAAUAAAUGUACCCACAGACUUUCUCACAGAGUGCCCGACAUAACGAGCUGGUCGUAGAAACUCCCUUCACCUACACUCUACUAAGUGACUUCCACUUCACUUCACUCUUCAUCUUAAUAUUUAUAUUUCCAUUCCCUAUAUACAU